AAACGUUUACCAUUAAUGCUGGUUAGGCGGGAGUACGAGAAGCGGAACUUUUUGAUGAAAGUGUAGCUAACCUAGAAAUCGGAGAUAGCGAUGUCGACGUGUUAAUGUGGGAUAAUUGUUUGGUUUCAGGUGUUAUCCGUGAUCAUAAACAUAAUCUACGAUAAUUCAUCUCACUUUCAGAAGUUGCACUACGUAAGCAUAGAACUUUGCUGUCAUCUCGUCAAGAAGUAGCUUGUUUGGCGGCAAGGCUAAGAGUGUUUUGUACCAUCUAGAAUGGCGUCAACAAAAGCUACGCAUAAUGAUGUCAAUCUCCCCAUAACUGCCCUCAAGCUCCUGGCUCCACCUGUGCGUCUGAUAUCUGCAGCCCUCUGGAAGGUGAUGAAGCAGAGGGAUGUGAAGCUCUAUGGAGUCGUGGAAGAAUUUGUGACGUCUGCAUGCGAGACUGUCCCAGGGUUGCUGACUUUGAGACACCAGAGCAAGCUUGCGCUGGGGCUGAGAGGCCGGCUAAUCUUGGAUCUUUGCUUGGAACAAACCGAUGCAACUGUCAUCAAGUCCCACCUGAAAAGGAUCAGUUUUCCUUCUAUGCCAUCAACAUCUUCACAUGCUACUGUGAAGACGGAUGUAAAGAUUACUAAAACGGUUGAAAGUUUCCAUAUGUUGGUUGACACGCUGCUGACCGAUCAGGUUGCCAAAGAGCAGUUCUUUAAGGAGGAUUUCCCUCAAGAAUACGGUCCUUUGUUUGACCAGGAAUUGGAGAAGCUACUAUGGGAAUUUAUUAUUCGGCUAGAUCAACUGUUCCCUGUUCCAACGCUUGCUCAGACGGUGUCCUGGCUCAGUGAAGCCCCUGCUGUUUUGGAAGAGUGCGCUCAAGCAGCUACUCAGCCGCAACUCCUGAAGGUUUUACUUCAGCAUCAAACCUGUCUCGGGCACCUGGAGGCUGCUGCAUCCCUCCCUCCAAACAUGGGAGACUCCAUCCUGGCUUCCCUUUCUUUGCCCCUCUCUGGAAAAGUGCCCUCAAAUCCUCAAGUAAGACCUGUAAAGUCUUCUGGAGAUGUUUCCGCUGACGCAGAGACACCAGCCAAAACGCCCUUCAUCUCCCCUGUCAUCGGGCUGAUAUCUAACGAAGAGGUGCCAGGUCUGAGCACUGCUGGUCAGAACUGUAAAGAUGACACAGACUUUACUUCUAUCAAACCAAUGUUGCCCAAGUCCCAAAGUGACAGCGUGGAAGAUGGCGACAGGAGAGCCUCAAGAAGAAGCAGUGGUGUGAAACGCAAGCAAGCUGGCAGAGGAGAGAGUACAUCUGAUGACGAGGAAGCGUCUGGCUCAUUCCGAGAUCCUUACACCUGUUCCAUCGUUGCCUCCUGCCUCAACCGCCAGCCCAGAGUUGUCAUCCAUGAACUGCCCAUCUCUAAACCAGCGGGUCAAGCAGGAACAUCAUUCUACCGGCACAGGCACGUCUCAGCAGCUCAAACCUCCUUGCUUAAAGCCUUGAGAGGCCACCAGCCUGAAACAUCUACCCCUGCUUCUGUUCCCCCCUUGGACAAUAAAGAAAAUCACCCCAGGGAAGCAUCUGUAGGUGCCUCCUCAUCUCACCAGCAGUGCAACAGAGAGGCUCCGGGCCCUCCUAGCGAUGCAGACGACUACGUCGCAGAUUCUGAAGACGAAGCCACUAAGAACUUCAAAGGACGGCUCUUCAUGAAGCGCUACUGCAAAACCAAACACGGCACAUAUUUUCCCACUCUGAGGGAAUUCUGGAAACCGAGCAUGGGACAGCGGAACCUCUCCUUGCCUGUUCACAGCAAAAGGAGACGGUGAAAAGAACCUUUUCAGCGUAGCACAGGGUUAGGGAACCUAUGGCUCGGGGGCCACAAUCAAAUUUAUUGUAAGGGUUUUUUUUGGCAACAUUUUAAAAGUAAAUCAGGAAAAACAGUUAAAAAUAAUGUUGGAAAUAUAAAGCUUUUUAAUGCAUUUUAACCCAUCUAUUUUCUACCCCAAUGCAGGCGGCUAUAGAGCCAAUGCCACCUGUUCUUCCAAAACGUUAUUAUUGGAUCAUGGUAGCCUACCCCAGUCAUUGAGAGGUCAAUAAGUAAACAUCCCUCCUUUUUAAUGAAACUCAGCUAGCUAGUAAACCCUUUAAAAGAAGAGGAUGGUGAAAAGAACGAUGCAAAACCAUGCAGCACCAGAAGUCACAUUUUAUUUAUUAUUAUUAAAAAGAAUAUAUUCAGAACUUUGUAUUAUUCUAAAAGUGUUGGUCUAAAUGUAUGCAUUUAGUUGUCGUCAAUUUUAUGAUAUUGCUAUACAUUUUUUCAAAUAUGUGGCUUUCAUGACUCAUACAGUUUUUUUAAGAUUUGUGCUUGUGAAUAAAGUUUACUGAAAU